UGCACGCCGCUGUAAACACGUGUGGUCCCCUAGUGUUUACUUUUACUUGCCAACAUGACAGCGGAGCUGAGAGUACUAGAACUGUACAGCGGUAUAGGUGGAAUGCAUUAUGCAUUAAAAGAGAGUGGCGUAGCUGCCAAGGUAGUUGCAGCCAUUGAUGUCAACACCACGGCCAAUGAGAUAUACAGACACAACUUCCCAGACACGCCUCUCUGGCCCAAGACAAUUGAGGGGAUAUCACUAGAGGAGUUUAACAAACUGUCCUUUGACAUGAUUUUGAUGAGCCCACCAUGCCAGCCUUUCACGAGAAUCGGGCUGCAGGGCGAUACGUCAGACCCCAGGACCAAGAGCUUUCUCUACAUUCUUGAUCUACUGCCAAGGCUGGCCGUGCUGCCCCGCUUCAUUCUGCUGGAGAACGUGAAGGGCUUCGAAACCUCCUCGGCCAGGGAUUCACUGCUAAAUACGCUGAGGGAUUGCGGAUACACGUUUCAAGAAAUCCUGGUGUCGCCUACCAGUCUUGGUAUCCCAAACUCAAGGCUUCGCUAUUUCCUCAUUGCCAAGGCACCUCCCGGAAGCUUCUCAUUUGAGACCAGCUCAGAGAUUGUAGAAGGAUUCCCUCAGCCCCCUUCGUCCAAGUCCUCCUCACACCCCAUACCGGCCCCGGCCACUUCCUGUCGGAGCACCGGCCUCAAAGAGCAGCAGGAAGUGGUACCCCCCGACCCGGACCGUGUGGUCCUGUACAAGCUGGAGACGGCCCGGGACGCGGACAGGAAGUCCAACCAGAACGCAGACCUGUCGGUCCGGCAGAUCCAGGAGUUCUUAAAGCCGCGGUCAGACCUCGGCGGAGAGGAAGAGGAAGAGGAAGUGAGUCAGUACCUCCUUCCUGCCAAGACUUUGCUGCGCUACGCUCUCCUCAUGGACAUAGUCACGCCCGCCUGCAGGAGAUCCGUCUGCUUCACCAAGGGCUACGGCCACUAUGUAGAGGGAACGGGAUCCGUUCUGAUGCCCGGCGUGGAGGCAGAGAUGCACUCUGUGUUUAAAGGCCUUGAGGAGUUGCCCGCAGCGCAGGACGAGGAGAAACUACGGCGGCUGCGCACGCUGAGGCUUCGCUACUUCACGCCGAGAGAGAUCGCCACCCUGAUGGGCUUCCCCUCCAAUCUGGCCUUCCCAGAGCGCAUCUCCACCAAGCAGCGCUACCGUGUGCUCGGCAACAGUCUCAAUGUACGGGUGGUGGCCAAACUCAUACAGAUCAUGGCGUCCUAGCACACAACGGAAGAACACAAAGACCAAUAAAGACUUUUGCAUUUGAGCUCUACCGUCUCCCAACGAUGACCCUGCAUUGGAACAUGAUGGAGUGGGGGGAGGGGAAGGGUUUAUAUUUAUGUGUGACGUGCAGGAUGAGAUGACAAUAACCUAGGCCUUUUGAUGAUUCCUGCUUCAAACGCACAAUCAUGGACCGCGUGGAAGGUUCAAACGGUUCUUCAAAGUGAAGAAAGCCCUAUGUCUUUGUUUUAUAUGUAUUUUGUAUGUUACUUUAUGAUCUUUAAAACAAACAAAUAAAAAGAUGUCUCCAAAAUCCGCA